UAGCCUGAAUGUAGAAGGGCAUAGCUUAGCAUAGCAUAGCCUAGCAUAGCUUAGCAUAGCCUUUUGGCUAAUAACAAUUAGCUGUCCUGUUACACGACCUUACAAGCUCGGUGUACAGCCAGAAAAUGAGUAUUUGGUCAUUCUGGUGCUAGUUAUAUAUUUUGAGUAGUUUAAUCUUUAAAAUGUAAACGUUAUUACUUUUAUUUGCAGUGUUGUGUUUGUAGCUUGCGUUGCUUGACACUAUUCACUGGUUACAGGAAGCAAAACAAAGCGUAUUUUGCUCAAGAAUAUAAACACACACAACAAAUGAUGUGUGAGAAAAGAGAAAACUGAACUUUAAACACUCAGUCAGAUACAUAGAAGUUUCCAUCUGUACUGCAUUCAGAUUGUGGAGUUUCAGAUGCUGAGCCAUGGAUGAGGAGGACAGCCAGGACGAGCUGAUCAACAAGAACCUCUCUCAUGGAAAAGGCAAAAGACCUACCACAUCUAUUCUCUCUGAUGACGAGGAAGAUGGCGAAGGCUCACUUGAGGAAGGUACAGACAGUGAGGAAGAUGUUUCCCAGGAUGGAGAAGAUGAAGGUGGCGAGGAAGAGGAUGAGGAAGAUGAGAGUGAUCGUGAAGAUGGUGAAAACGAGCUGGUGGGAGCAGGAGGGACAGAACUAGCUGAUUUUGGGCUGAGUUCAGAUGAGGAUGCUGAGAAAUGCCCUAUCUGCCUCAACUCUUUCCAUGAACAGCCGGUAGCUACGCCCCAGAACUGUGAACACUACUUCUGUCUGGACUGCAUUCUGGAGUGGGCGAAGAAUGCCAACUCUUGUCCAAUUGACCGCAUCGUCUUCAGUAACAUCCUGCUGAGAAAAUGCUUUGGAGGAAAAGUCCAGAAGACGAUUACAGUUCAGAGGCCAGUGACAAAUGAACAAGAGGAGCAAGUGAAUGUGGAUGUGGAUCUGGAGCAAACCAGCUGUGAGGUGUGUAGAGGGACAGACAGAGAAGAUCGCCUGCUGCUCUGUGAUGGUUGUGAUGCCGGGUACCAUAUGGAGUGUUUAACGCCUCCGUUGGAUGCUGUGCCUGUUGAGGAGUGGUUUUGCCCAGAAUGUGCACCAAACAACCACAACAGAAGGGCUGAGCAGUUGAUAGAGGAGGAGAGCAGUGUUCUUCCUACCACCAGUCACUCUCGGCCAGCAGGCUCCAGACCCACGCGUGCAAUUGCACGGACGCAGCACAGCGAGAGGGUCCGAGCUAACGUCAACAGACACCGUAUCACACAGGCACGCACUGCUGCACAGCUCGCACCUCAGUACCUAAUGCGGUCCACCUGGCUGGAUGAGACGAUCAAUGCUGUAGUUGCUGGGCUUAACACAGCCGUGUAUGUAAGGGACUUAACUCCCCGCCCAAGAGCUCGCAGGAGACGCAAGAAAGCAGCAAGAAAGAAAACCAUAAAAGACGGGAAGGGCAGUAAGGGUAAAACCUCAACCACGAAGGUGAAAAGGCGGACACGUAAAGUGAAGAGAAAGAAAUUCAGGAAAAAAGCGGUGGUGAAAAAGAAGAAAACGUCUCAGGGCCGCAUUGCUCAGAGUCUGGGACUGAAGAAACCCAGCCGCAGCUCUUCUAUCCCCUCUGUGUACCGCCCAUGUGAGCAAACACUGGGUAGCAUGAGAGCAGACAUCGGGGCAGCCUCCCUCUCCAUUUAUGGAGACCCCUUUGAUCUCGAUCCCUUUGAUAAUGGGGAUGAGGAGAUGGAGCAGGCUCCAGUUCAGCCCUCUUUGUUGGAAGCUAAGCGGCGGGGUUUGUCCCACUCUGCUCUGCGCUCACACCAGCCUGUAGCCAGACCCAUACUUGCUGGUUUGUCCAGGCGAGGGCACAGUAUCCCUCAGGUGGAGGAGGUAGCUGAGGCUGCACCAGUCCCGGACUUGCUGGGAAGUAUCCUCAGCGGCCAGAGCUUGCUGCUUAUGGACAGCUCUGAUGUGGUCAUCAACAGAGAUGGCUCUCUUAAAGCCCCCAAAUCUGCUUGUUUGUCAUCUCCAAGGAGCAGCAUCUUGGGAGGCUCUUCUUUAGAACGGACACCUUCCACAGGAGCAGCUGACUUUCAUUCCAGCAGAGAGCCUGCGCCUUCCUCCAGCCCUUUAACAAAUGCAUCACAAAGCUCCCUACAGCCCACUCCUGCCCCAGUCACACUUUCAACAUCCUGCCCACCCACUUCCCGUGCACCUACAUCUGUUCUUGAACACCCGCGUUUAUCUGCACCUCUUCCACGCAGGUUAACUCCCACAGACUCAACUGGACCUGGACACAGUCAAUGGGGCACCUGUAGCAUCAGAGGCCAACCCCCAGCAAGGGUUACAAAUGGAGCUCCUGACCCGAAUCUUGGGGAAAGGCGAAGUACCACACACGUCCCUGCAAAAAAGCUUCCCCCCAAGCCAGUAUGGGUGGAUGUGUCUGUGUUGCCAAGAAUACCAAAGAUUAAAAGAGAGAACAAUUCUGUGGCACACGGCAGCACUGGGAGCAAUAGCAACAACUUACCAGAAUCUUCCAUGACGAGUUUAGCAGGUGACAAAGGCCGGCAGAGUUCAGUUGACCAACAGGGAGCAAGUGAAAGCAGGCAGGAUAGGCCCAUAGACAGCCAGAGGCAGAGACUAGACAGAGCUGUGCCUUCAGCUUCUUUUUCUAACUCUUUUUCUACUCCAUCAACCUCUGCUAGUGUAACUUCAUAUUCACAGCCAUCCUCUUCUUCUGCUAUUAGUUUUCGCAUUAGCAGCAGUGGAAACCCAUGGCAUGCUCGGCGGCUUUCAGCACCUGAUCAAGCCCUGCCUGCAAAGGAUAAGGGAUCUGUGAAGAGAAAUGAGAAAGGCAAGCAGAUGUUGCUGUCGACUUAUUCUCAGGCUAAAAAGGCCUCUGAGGAGAGUGAGGUCUAUGAUCCCUUUAAUCCCACAGGAUCUGAUGCCUCGGACUCUGAAGAUGAGAAUCAGAACGGCAAAACGGAAAUGAAGCUCCAAAGCCCUCCACAUCCACCCACGGUACAAACUGCGGGGCAAAACGAAGAUGCUGAACAUGAAAUUAAAACAGAGUCCAUGGACUUGGAUUUUCCUGUGGAAGAUGAAACGUCUGGACAGAAAAUGCAAGCUAAAAAGGAGCCAACUUCUCCCAAGGAUGACUCAUGGUCAUCACUUUCUUAUCAGCCAGCCACCGUGCUUGCAGCUCAGUCAGAGAGUCUUGCUGCUCUUGUGGCAUACAGUGGAAGUCCUGUGGCGUCUGAUGCUGAGGACAGUGGAAAUUCUGAAGGUCCGUUAACAAACGCUCAGGAUCGUUCCACAUCUAGCUCACCCUGCAGUCACCACAGUGACGAGAAGGUCAAGAUAGAGGUAAAGUCUGAACCAGAUCUUGAACCAUCUCCUGAACCAUCUCCUGUGAAAUCCACAUCUCCAGUUGUGUCUCAGGUAACCAAAGGGAACGGGUUUAUACAUGAACUGUCGUCCGUAUCAGGAUGUUCUGAUGUAAAUCACAAGAGCAAGGAGAAAGAAAUAAGAUCACCACGUGCCAGUUCAGGAGAGGAGAAGAGGUCACAGUGUGCUUCCAGCAGCCCUCCUUUCAAAGCCUCUAAACAGUCUGAUAAACAGAAGAAACACUCGCAGUCCGAAGACAGAAGACGGUCCCAUUCUAGAUCUCCACGCCGCAGACGAUCUCGCUCAAGAUCUAGAGAGCGAAGUCAUUUACGAGACAGGAGGCGCUCGACUCGCUCCAGCAGCAGCGAAAGCUCAAGGAAGAGAAGACGACGGCGGCACGACAGCCGAGACAAAGAGGGACAUAAAAGAUCCAAGAAGAAAAGAUAUUCUUAUUCACGGUCAAGAUCUCGAUCUAGAUCCAGAUCAAGGUCGAGGUCCAGAGAGAAGAGGAGACAACGAACAUUUUCACAUAGAUCUUCCUCAAGAUCCAGGGACAGAAAUGAAAUAAGUUCUAAAAGGAAAAGGUCGAGAUCAAAUUCUAGAGACCGGAGACGGAGAGAGAAUGUUUCAGAAGGCCCUCGCCACAGAGAACGGCACACUGACAGAACUGUAGCAUCUGCUUCUGCUGAGGAAAAGGAGCCGACACGUAGUAUAGACAGAAGUGCACUUUUACUGAAGAAGGAGUCACAAAAUGAAUGCGACACUACGCUUUCAGUUGUUUCAAUUAAAAAGGAGACCGAUUCCAGUAGUCAAGAGAAUUCACAAUUAAUUGAAGAGUCUGGAAAACCAAUUUCGGAGGAUGUUCCUUCGAUUAGCGUGCCGCACCAAUCACACGAAUCCAGACCUACUGAGAUCAAAGAUGAAAAAGACUCCCCACUUAGUAAGAUUAAAGAGUCCCAGCUAUUAAAAGAUCAACUGCCAAAACAGGUCAAAGUCGAGCAGAUUUGGCCUGAUGAUGAGGACUCCAGCAGUGAUGAUGAUGUUCUUGUGAUUAAUCUGUCUUCCCCUGGCCCUGCUCCCACAGAUUGUGAAAAGAUGCCUGAUUGUGAAACAACAAGCCAGCCUGUAGUGCCAAAAGAGGAGAUGGAGGUAGAACCUCUGCAAGCAUCAUGUCCAGUAAAACAAGAACCCGUGGACUCUUCAGAUGAAGAGAUCAAUGUAGAUUAUUUGAUUGACAACUUGGACUUCAUUAAGAAGGAGAUGACGGAUGAGUCAGUAACUAAUGCUGCAGGUGUUCUGGAGCCCCAGGCUGAUGUGGGCAAGGAGUCGGCAGGGGUCAAACAGGAGAUGGAGUCGGUGUUAGUAAUGGCGGGCACCAAAGCCAAAUCACAGGGUAAACGAGUCACCUGGAAUAUACAAGAACCAGUCGCGUCCCAGCCAGACAAAAUGAGCAAGCUUGCACUAUUCAAACUGAAACUGAAGCAGGAAGGGUCUCGUAAGGCUGCCUCAUCCUCCUCCAUGCAGAACACUGGCCAGGUGGCAGCUGCUGUCCAGGGUGGGUCCAAGUCAGCAGCCACGAGCAUCGGUUCUCCAGCACUGGAAGGGAAGUCCAACACCGGCCAGGAGAAAUCUAAAUCCCGCAAAGAGGAACUGUUACAGAAUCCUGAUCAGAAGGACAAGUACAUGAAGAAGCUUCAUAUGCAGGAACGGGCCAUAGAGGAGGUGAAACUGGCCAUCAAACCCUUUUAUCAGAAAAGGGACAUAACGAAGGAGGAGUACAAAGAGAUCUUACGGAAAGCUGUCCAGAAGGUAUGUCACAGUAAGAGUGGUGAAAUCAAUCCAGUGAAGGUAGCCAACCUGGUCAAGGCAUAUGUGGAUAAGUACAAACAUGCCAGGAAACAUCGUAAAGCAGAGGAUAAGCAGACUGCUGAAGGCUCCAAAGAUUCGGAGACUCCUGGCUGAUAAGCAAACACGCUCCGUAAACUUGAUGCACGCCCUUCUAUUAGUCAGACUUCUUGAAAGUAAUGUGACCCUGAAGAGCUGCACAGUUGCAUAAUAAAUUUAGUUCAUUGUGUUCUUUGUGGAGAGGGUCUCACCUCCGUAAAGCUAGCGAUCUGGGUUGAACAAAACCGUUUUACAUGUAUACCAGCAGUAUGGUAUGACCUUUAGCAUAUUUGUACACUAUUGUUAAUAUAGUGACAUUUUUUUAUCUGGUCAAAGUCAACAUGAUCUGUUUUGAAAUGUUUGAUAAACAUUGUUAUUCAGCGAAAUUUGGAAAUUGCACCACUGAGGCUGCUCCUUUUUCAUAGUUUUGGUUUGCCAAUGUUGUACUGCUGUCAUUAAAACUUUGAGAACUGGAAAAAACUGACCUUUUCAAAAUAACAGUUAUUCAAUAGAAGAGUAUUUAGGUAUUGAUAGUAUAGAUGUAUAUUUAUCACACUGGGCUUGCUAUGGAUUUAAAUCUGGAAAAUUUGCACACCAGUAAAAACCAGAUUUGUCAGUAAACACUUUCAGUAUGUGUGGUUGGAUAGAUUGCCUCAUAAGGCUAAACUAGCUUCAUGAUGACUGUAUGACAUGGUGUUUCCUGGUUACAGCAUAAAGGCCUGCCUAAUAUUGUGGAAUGUGUGCAGGAAAAAAAUCAUUGUGAAAUAUUGUCACUGGAGAGAGUUCGAAAAGCUAAGCGCCAGUAUCCAGCCUUGGUCCGAAGCUGUUUUUAGACUCGUAUCACCAUCCCAAUGAAUCUUUUUUUGGUCUUUGACAUUAAAGGAUUAUUUUACAGAAAAUAUGCAGAAGAUUUUAUAUACACAUGUUCAAGGAUUUGAAUAUUGUAUCAUGACUCAACAGAAACUCCAGUUUGACUAAAAAAAUCCUUUUUUUUUUUUUUUUUGUUUAUAUACUUAAGCCAUAUAGAAAAUGUUUAACAACCAGUAUGAAAUAAUGUAUUUAGAUUAACUGGAUAUAAAUCAUCUUCAUUAACCGUGUUUCCGUCAUUGUUUCUGUUGAAUAUUGCCCGAGAGCUGUUUUGCCAAUUAUAUAUUUAUGUUUCUGUACAGAGAUUUUAAGUGUAGGAGAAUACAGAGUGUGGUCCUGCAGUGUAUUAUAGGAAUAAAGCUUCUUGAACAUUGUUCCUGUAAACCACAUAACAUUUGUCUUUGGGACAGGGGGAGGAUCUUUUUAACAAGGUGCUUUUGUUAUUCUAUUCUUUGUGUUCAUUUACUUAUCAGUAAUUUGAAAUGUAUUUUUUCCACUUCCCCAUUCAAAGCAUGAUUGGUAACUCUAAUUCAAAGACAAAAUCAGUGUAAUUAGACUCGUAGAAGCAGGAACUGUUUUCAUAGUUGCUGAAGGCAGACUGUUGAUAAUCCUCCUUGUCUAAUGUGCUGCCUUAUUACUGAAUUAUACUUGAUUCUCAUUGUGAGCCGGAGAAUCCAUUCUGCUGAUUUGUAAAUGCAUUUCUUUAACAAUUUAUUUAAUAAAAGUGAAAACAAAAA